UCUUUCUGUAGCGGAAGUGGCUCGCCGGAGAGUUUCGGCUGGCUGACAGCAGAGGGAGAGAGAGAGAAAGAAAGAGAAAUGGCGCCUCGACACUCUAGUAGCUGAGACACAUUCAGAACGAAAGCAGCUGACAAGAGCUACAGGACUGGAUCUGUCUAUCAGCGGGGACAGACAGCAAUCAUGGUGAACACCAGAAAGAGCUCGGAGCACAAGCCCAUCAGUCCCUUCAUCUCGGGCCGGACGAGGUCGUCUCAGAGGAGCAACCCAAACUUGGACGAGCACAACAGCCGUGUAAGGAAGAGAGAGACACCGGCAGCCUAUUCUCUCCGCCAGCCGAAGGAGCCAGGCAGUGAUGUUAACAGCAGUAGUCCACGUUUGUCCCCGCCGCCCAAGCGGACACGCAGACAGACCCCACCAAGUUCUACCGAUACUUCUCCAAGUCCCCAGAGUAAAGGCCAGAGAGCCCCGUGGACCAUGUCCAAACACUGUACUAGGUUGUCCACUGGUGCCCUGCAGAAUGGACGCAGUCGAAUGAGUCUGAGGGGUGAUUCUACAUCAGAUGGGGACCACGCUCGCAUGAACGGUCAUGUUGAGCUCAAGAGGAGCCGCCGCAUCAGGAAGUCCCAGUUCGAACACCUCAAUCAGAGUUUACUUUUCGACCAACUUGUCAACAGUACGGCAGAAGCAGUCCUUCAAGAGAUGGACAACAUCAGCAGCAUACGGCAGAAUCGGGAAGUGGAGCGCCUCCGCAUGUGGACGGACACUGAACUGGAAAACAUGGACAUGUACUCCCGCGUGAAGAGGAGGAAGUCUUUGCGUAGGAACACGUAUGGAAUGCAGGCGCAUCACAAAGCCAUGAGCAAGUCAAAGGACCCCGAAGAGGAGGAGGGAACUGAAGAGUCUCAUGAAGAGGAGGAGGAGGAUGAAGAUGUGGAGGCUGAUGAUGAUGAAGACGAUGAAGGAGACGAGGCAGAAGAGGCUGGAGAGGAGAACGACAGACCUUAUAACCUCAGGCAGCGUAAAACUGUGCAGCGAUAUGAAGCGCCCCCAAUAGAGCCAGUGAACAGAAAGCAGAGCAAGGGCUCUCUGUUCGACACGCACAGAUCUCCUGCAAGAAGAAGCCAUAUUAGAGUAAAGAAACAUGCCAUUCACAGUAGUGAAUCGACAUCAUCGUCUGAUGAAGAGCGCUUUGAGAGGCGGAAAAGUAAAAGCAUGAGCCGAGCUCGUAACAGGUGUCUACCCAUGAACCUGCGAGCAGAGGAUCUGUCCAGCGGUGUGCUUCGAGACAGAGUAAAAGUGGGUGCUAGUUUGGCAGAUGUGGAUCCCAUGAAUCUGGACACUUCUGUGAAGUUUGACAGUAUUGGAGGUCUCUCCCAUCACAUUCAGUCUUUAAAAGAGAUGGUCGUCUUUCCUUUAUUAUAUCCAGAAGUGUUUGAGAAGUUUAAGAUCCAGCCCCCAAGAGGAUGUCUGUUUUAUGGGCCUCCAGGAACUGGGAAGACGCUGGUGGCACGAGCUUUGGCCAAUGAAUGCAGUCAGGGUGACAGGAAGGUGUCUUUUUUCAUGCGCAAGGGCGCAGACUGCCUCAGCAAAUGGGUGGGAGAGUCUGAACGACAGCUCCGCCUACUUUUUGAUCAGGCAUACCUCAUGAGACCCUCCAUCAUCUUUUUCGAUGAGAUUGAUGGCCUCGCUCCUGUUCGCUCCAGCAGGCAGGAUCAGAUUCACAGCUCCAUAGUGUCUACAUUACUGGCAUUGAUGGAUGGUUUGGACAGCCGGGGGGAGAUAGUGGUCAUCGGUGCUACAAAUAGACUCGACUCUAUUGACCCCGCACUCAGGAGGCCCGGGCGCUUUGACCGGGAGUUUCUGUUCAACCUGCCAGAUAAAAAGGCUCGAAAGCACAUUUUAGAAAUCCACACCAGGGACUGGAGCCCCAAGCUAGCUGAACCCUUCAUAGAUGAGCUAGCUGAGAAGUGUGUCGGUUACUGUGGGGCCGACAUCAAAGCACUUUGCACAGAGGCUGCGCUAGCGGCUCUGCGGCGGUGCUAUCCUCAGAUCUACGGCAGCAGCCAGCGUUAUCAGCUGGACGUGGGCUCCAUCGUUUUGGGAGCGCAGGAUUUUGGUCGUGCUCUGCGCUCCAUAGUACCUGCGGGUCAAAGGGCCCUGGCUCCGCCCGGCCAGGCCCUUUCCUGUGUGUUGAAGCCCCUGCUGGAACCCACACUGGCCCAAACGCUGGCCUGCCUGAUGCGAGUCUUCCCCCACGCAGAGCUCCUGCACAGGGAACACACACACGACACUGACAAUCAUCUGUUGGUGGAGGACUCGUACAGCGAGGACGAGGAAUGUCUCGGUGCUCCUUCCAUUUAUGAAACUCAGUCAGGAUCGCUGAAGGAAGCAGCUUCCAUCACGACACACAAACCCUUUCUCCACUUUACCACUUCUGCCUACAAGCAGCCCACCUCUUACCGGCCACGGCUGCUGCUGACGGGACCCCAAGGCGCGGGGCAGAGCACACACCUGGCCCCUGCUGUGCUGCACCACCUGGAGAAGUUCACUGUGCACCGUCUCGACCUACCCACGCUAUACUCCGUCAGUGCCAAAACCCCAGAGGAGUCUUGUGCUCAGGUGUUUCGUGAGGCUCGACGCUGUGUACCCAGCAUCAUCUACAUGCCUCACAUCAGUGACUGGUGGGAAGCCAUCAGUGAGACGGUCAAGAGCAGCUUCCUCACACUCCUGCAGGAUGUACCCUCAUUCACACCGCUCCUCAUCCUCGCCACAGCAGAGACCAUCUACCAGCAGCUCCCAGACGAGCUGACAUGCAUCUUCAGCCGUUCAUACGGAGAGGUGGUUUGUUUAAGCAUGCCGGGAGAAGAAGCACGCAGGAAGUUUUUUUCAGACCUCAUUCUUGAGCAGGCAGCCAAGGCACCACCCAGCAGGAGGAAAACCGCGAGCGCUCUGGAGGUGCUGACCCUUGCUGAAGAUCCCGGUCCUCGGCAGCUCUCGCCAGAGGAGCAGCGGCGACUGGAGGAGCAGGAGGAGAACACCUUGCGCGAGCUCCGCCUCUUUCUCAGGGACGUCACAAAGCGGCUCGCCACCGACAAGCGCUUCCAGAUCUUCAGCAAACCCGUGGACAUUGAGGAGGUUUCAGACUACCUCGAGGUUAUCAAACAGCCUAUGGACUUGUCCACCAUCAUGAUGAAGAUCGACACUCACAAAUACAUGGUGGCCAAGGAUUUUCUAGUGGACAUUGACCUCAUUUGCAGCAAUGCGUUAGAGUACAAUCCAGACAAGGAUCCGGGAGAUAAAAUCAUCCGCCACAGGGCCUGCAGUAUGAAGGAUACUGCGCACGCCAUGAUCGCCUCUGAACUGGACCCUGAGUUUGACCGCAUGUGUGAGGAGAUCAAGGAGUCCUGCAGGAAGAGAGGCUCUCUGACCACAGCGCAGCCGGCCGUCACUCCGAGCGCUGUGGCGACCAGGAGACCUGUGGGAGAGGAGGCGGGGUUAAGCGCUUCUCAGGGUGAUGGAGUGGACAAGCACUGCAGCAAUAUCAUAAAGCGCAAGUUGCGACGACGACCGAUUUGGGGGCGGGGAAUCAUCAGGAAGAAAAAGAGCUAUAAAAAGGAGGAGGAAGAUGAACCGGAAGAGGAGGAGGGAGCGGACGACUCUGCUGCAAUGGUGCAAGGUGACGCUUGUCUCACCCAGGAUGAGUCGUCCUGUGAUGCCACAGAGCUCCAUCCUGACAAGCAGCCACUCCAGGCCAACGGACACAUCCUCUCCACGGAGGAGGAGAAUUCCUCUGAGCCGACAGCCACUCAGGACCCUCAGGGCAAGGAGGAGCCCAUCAAGACCCCCUCAGAGGAGGCUUCCAGCAGUAAGGAGGCCACAGCAGUCCCUGCUCCUCAAGAGUGUGUGAAUGGAAAUGAAUCUAUGGACAGUGUGUACAGUGAGGCUCUUGAUAAAGAAACCGUAGUAGACUCUAUUAAUAAAGAUGCACUUGAAGCAGAGCAUAAUGAGCCUUCUGCCCCAGAAUGCAAUGCCGAGGAGAAUGUGACUGCAGCAGAGGGGGCGGCAUCUGACGGUGACCAUGAAACAGAAGGUUCAUCAAAUGGGAAGAAUAAGUCUGACGAGGCGUCUGUCGGACUCGAGGAGACUGUGGAGCUUCCACCUCCGGCUCUCGUGGUUGACCACCAGCGACUCAAAGCUCUGUUGGAGAAAGUGGUUGUGAAAAGUGACGGCUUCAGUGUGGAUCAUCUGGAGAGAGUUUACUCCGUACUCAGCCAGUGUAUUUACCAGCACCGCAGAGACUACGACAAGACCCGUCUGAUAGAGGCGAUGGAAAGGCAAGUUGAACAUUUCGAAACAUUCCUGUGAUGAAUAGAGGGCUUUCAGAGAGAAACAUGAUCGGCGACUCUUUUGAUACAAGACGGAGGGGCCGGCGUCCUGAGCCAAGUCCUUAAUGUGGAGCAGGUCUGGACGCCUCGGUCUCAAAUUACAGCAGGAAGGGGGAAAAAAAAUGGUGCAGACAUUAGAAACAAAGGCUUACAAAGGCGACCUUGGUGCUAUCAUCUCAGGUACCUGAAACAGAACCAGUCUACAGAACCAAACACACAAACUCCUGGAGGUUUCCUUCUUAUUUGUUUUGUUUUUGUAAACUCGCAUACAUGCCGACGAUCGUUCUUGGUGCUAUUGGGUGCUAUAGUUUUUUUUGCUUUUUUUGUCGCCUGCUGCUCUUUGUUCUCAUAGAUAAGCAAACAAAACACAAACAAACAGUACAAAAUAAAAGAUUGUGUGAUGUCACGAAGCAACCUCAGCCUCCGUCUACUGGAAGCAAACACUCACACACACACACACAGAUUCUCACCAGCAGUGGCAAACUGUAUAUGGAUGGUAUGAUGCUCUACAGCGCGAGUCAGCCGGUCAUUUACUGUGGAAAUAAACUACAUCGCCCUCUUUCUACAUCCACCCGGAUGUCACCCCUGGUCACCAUUGGGAUUAUCAACACUUUUUAGCCACAGAUGUUUUUGUAGGGACAUCUAGAGUUGUUUUCUACUUGGUGUUAAUUGUAAGACUUGCAAGGCCUCUGUAUUGUAAACCAACUUUUCCUUGUUACAAAUGAGACUGCGUUCUCCUUAUUUAGACUAUAAUGUUUGCAGAAAACCAACGAAAAACAGACAGAUUUUGGUUCAAAUUGAUAUUUUUAGUUUAGACUCAUCGUAUAAUUCCCGCCCUAGGAAUAGUAAAAAAAAUUUGGCUUUUUUUUCUGGUUUAACUGGAUUUACGAGUAGAUAUCUGGAGAUUGCACUGCCUAGCAUGUGCCUUAACCUUUCAAAUAGGCUAAAAACAUAACUAAAUAUUGACUAUCAAUAUAUAUAUAUAUAUAUAUAUAUAUAUAUAUAUAUAUAUAUAUAUAUAUAUAUAUAUAUAUAUAUAUAUAUAUAUAUAUAUAUAUACAUAUAUAUAUAUAUAUAUGGAGGACGAGCCACAGGGCUACAAACCGAUACAAAUAUGUGGCGUAUGUUGUUGUUAACUGUUAGCCAAUCUCUUCUCGAGUCGCCCAGCAACAUCUUCGUGGUUGCUCCAUCAGACAUUGUGGCUUUCUUUUGCCAUUCAAUUUUUAUUGUAACAUAACAUAUUUGGAGUAAAAAGAAGUGAUGUUUUGAAAGUUAAAAUGGCAGUCUAGGCAGUGCUGAAUUUUUUUAACAUAAAGCAUUACCAUAUUUUUUGUUGUAUUUUUCUAAUUUUUUUUUUUUUUACCUUUUAUAGUGUUUCCAUUGUGUUCACUUACACUGUAUAAUAUUGGUAGCUGUCGCAUUGAUAACUUGAUUUGUCAAUUUUGGCAUUGUCUUAAGUAGCAUUAACCGAGUUCUCCCUCUCAUACUUACAUUAACGCUCAGCUUUCAUCGCUUUGUAAAGAACGUUGAUCCAAGUUCAAGAGUCCUUGUGACCUUGUCUAGGAUUCGGUGCUAUAAAAAACAGAAAACAGAGGAAAAAAAAUAACGCUUUUUAAGAAAUAUGCAAAAGAAAGGAAAAAAAAUGAGGAGUUAGCUGUUAGCUUUGGACUACUGCAGUGCGUGUGAGAGACAGAACCACAGCUACCUCAGCAAGUUGUUUUCACGCGAAGAGACAAAAGUAAUGACCUGUUUACUGAAAACAGUAUUUGUUGACCUCUGUAAUAUCACUGCGCCCUUCAAAAAUUCAAGCUGAGGUACUGGAUCACCUCUUCGACAUGUGGCUGCUGCAGUAAUCCUCGGGUUUGUUCGCAUUUUUGCAUUAUAUUUCUUUUUUCUUUUUUUUGGUGGGGGGGGGGGUUGUUCUGCGUUUGAGCCGAGAUGGUAUUGUAAUAUCGCUGAAAUAUUAUAUUUCAGUUUUUCUACAUGUACAUCCCUUGAUUUACAGUUUAUUGGCCAUGUUUGUGAAACACUUGCUUUCUUCAGUCCAUUUCAUGAUCGUUUUUGAUUUAGCAGUCGCCUGUCAAUUUGUUAUUUAUUCAAUUAUUAAACGUCGUCAUAUGUUCAACAUUUUGUUCAACCGAAUUUAAUUGGAAAAGUGGUUGCAUGAAAUUUGUGCCGAGACAUGAUGUAGCACAUUUUUGUACCAGGUGUUGCACGACGUUCAGAAACGGGGUUAACUGGUCUCAGGUCUCUGCUACAUGCAUAUUUAUUCCAUAAGUGUGGAGAUGGUGGUGGUUAUAUUUCUUUUUAGUGGAUGAGGGGGAGGUUCAUAAAGUUAAUGUGCAUUUUCGGGUCCCUCUUUGUCACCUGUAGUACCAUCGACAUGCUUAACUUGGUGUAUCAUUGAAGAAACUACUGUAAUGCUGACCACUUGCGCUUCUCACAAAUUUAUCUGGGGAAAAUGAGCUUUAGUUGAUGAUGCCAAUUCAUGCAAGACAUACCCUGUUUUGCAUAGCAUUAUGUCAUUGGCCCUGAAACGAAAAAUCAAACCUUGGUCAGUAUGUAAUGUAAAAUGAAAUUUCACAUUUAGAAGCACCACUAAUAUAUAUUUUUUAGAAAAUGAACUCUUAAAUCCUCCAUUAAAAAUGUUACAAUGUGGGCUUGAAAGUCUAAGUAGUUCUAUGUGUUUUGACUACAAGUUAAAGUUCAUAACCUUUAGUUGACCAGAGUCUAAUUCAGAUCAUUUGACUGACGGUAGGAAGUCCAUAUAACAAUAGCAUUUUGCUUUAGGUAGGUAAAUACAACCCACUAAACUCUGUAGUUUUUGGUGGAAAAGUCCAGGAGUUUCUCAAGUCAGUGCUCAGUGUUGGAGAUUUUUGGCAACCAAUGAUUUGUUUAGUUAAUCCUAUUUAAUCAGUAGAUUUAUACCCCUUAAUGAUUAACAAGGUUGAGGCAAUUUUAUUUUUGUGUAACACCAGAAUUUGUGUCCCUUUUUUAAAACUUUGAAGCAAAUCAAAACCACACAUAUUGUUCUGUCCUUCCCUGCAGUCCUUCUUUUGUGAAAUGAUAUAUUUACUGUAAUUUCUGAAAUAAACUGCUGUGAUAUACUUGAAUAAAAGGUGCAAAUUGAA